GUUCUGGAUGAGUUGUACCCUGGCCGUUCCAGCCGCCGCAGGGCUGGGCGUGUACUCGAGGGCUUACUUUGCUGGCGGCAGUCGGCCAGGCCCCUGUGCCUGAGUGUCAGUGCCAGUGUCACCGCCCCUUCCACCCAGGCGCUGCUCAACCUCGCCUCGCACCCCCGACCCCGACUCGGCAAGUGGCCCUCUGGGCUCCGCUGCCUUCAGACGAGGAGUAGUACCACACGCCGUCAUUCACUGUGGGCUCAAAGUAGCCGAGUCGGCCCGGGUCCAAGAGGUGUCCUUCACCGGCCUCAACCUUCCGUACAGCCUCCUACUGCCCGUGUGCUUUGCGCUUCGCGCAGCCUCCUGGGAAUCGUGGUUCGGACCCGCCCCCCACGGCCAGCCCCGGCGGGCCGCGAACUACAACUCCCGGCAGGCAUCACGGCGCCACGGGCGUCCCAGUGCUGGGGGCUUCGCGCACCCUGAGCCGGUGGGCUCGGCGCUGGGCCGCGGGAGGCUUGGCGGCCGCUGCACCUUCUGCUCGUACCCGUGCUGGCGGACGAACUAGGCGUCCCCCAGACGUCAGGAGCCCCGGCGCCAAGCCUGCAGGACGGAAACUUCCGGGUGCAGAGCCACUGCCCAUCAUGGAUCCAGACCCACAGGCGGGUGUGCAGGUGGGCAUGCGCGUUGUCCGUGGCGUGGACUGGAAGUGGGCCCAGCAGGACGGUGGCGAGGGCGGCGUGGGUACGGUGGUGGAACUCGGCCGCCACGGCAGCCCCUCCACCCCUGACCGAACAGUGGUUGUGCAGUGGGACCAUGGCACCCGCACCAACUACCGUGCGGGCUAUCAGGGUGCCCAUGACCUGCUGCUCUACGACAAUGCCCAGAUCGGUGUGCGGCACCCCAACAUCAUCUGCGACUGCUGCAAGAAACACGGGUUGCGGGGCAUGCGCUGGAAGUGCCUCGUCUGUUUUGACUAUGACCUGUGCACUCAGUGUUACAUGCACAACAGACAUGAUCUGGCACACGCCUUUGAGCGCUACGAGACUGCACACUCGCGCCCGGUGACGCUGAGCCCCCGCCAGGGCCUCCCGAGGGUUCCACUACGGGGCAUCUUCCAGGGUGCGAAGGUGGUGCGGGGUCCUGACUGGGAGUGGGGCUCCCAGGAUGGAGGGGAGGGGAAACCAGGCCGUGUGGUGGACAUCCGGGGCUGGGACGUGGAGACAGGCCGGAGUGUGGCCAGCGUGACCUGGGCAGAUGGCACCACCAACGUGUACCGCGUAGGCCACAAGGGCAAGGUGGACCUCAAGUGUGUGGGCGAGGCAGCCGGCGGCUUCUACUACAAGGAGCACCUCCCCAGGCUGGCCUGCUAUCCCCCAGGCAAGCCGGCUGAACUGCGACGCAGGGUGAGUGUGGAUGGGCAGCCCUUCCAGCACGGCGACAAGGUCAAGUGCCUGCUGGACUCGGAUGUGCUGAGGGAGAUGCAGGAAGGCCACGGUGGCUGGAAUCCCCGGAUGGCGGAGUGCAUUGGACAGACGGGCACCGUGCACCGCGUCACAGACCGUGGGGAUGUGCGUGUGCAGUUCAGCCACGAGACCCGUUGGACCUUCCACCCAGGGGCUCUCACCAAGCAUGACUGCUUCUGGGUGGGUGAUGUGGUGCGGGUCAUCGACGACCUGGACACGGUGAAGCGGCUGCAGGCUGGGCAUGGCGAGUGGACAGACGACAUGGCCCCCGCCCUGGGCCGUGUAGGAAAGGUGGUGAAGGUCUUUGGCGACGGGAACCUGCGUGUGGCAGUCAGCGGCCAGCUGUGGACCUUCAGCCCCUCAUGCCUCGUGGCCUACCGGCCCGAAGAGAACACCAACCUGGACGUCGCUGAGCGAGCCCGGGAGAACAAGAGCUCCCUGAGUGUUGCCCUGGACAAACUUCGAGCCCAGAAGAGUGGUGACCUGGAGCAACCGGGCAGGCUGGUGGUGGAGGUGGCACUGGGCAACUUGUCACGGGCUGUGGACCUGCUGCGGAGGCACCCAGAGCAGGUGGAUACCAAGAAUCAGGGCCGGACUGCCCUGCAGGUGGCUGCCUACCUGGGCCAGGUGAAGCUGGUGCGGCUGCUGCUCCAGGCAAGGGCAGGCACAGACCUGCCUGAUGAGGAGGGCAACACUUCACUGCACUAUGCAGCCCUAGGAAACCAGCCGGAGGUCACCCAGGUGCUCCUGAGUGUGGGGUGCCCGGCUGACACCCUCAACAGCAGCCAGAGCACUGCACUACACCUUGCAGUGCAGAGGGGCUUCCUGGAGGUGGUGCGGGUCCUGUGUGAGCAUGGCUGUGAUGUCAACCUGCCUGACUCGAAUGCCGACACACCACUGCACUGCGCCAUCUCAGCUGGCACGGGGGCCAGUGGCAUAGUGGAGGUCCUCACUGAGGUGCCAGGUGUGGACGUCACCACCACCAACAGCCAGGGCUUCACCCUGCUGCAUCACGCCUCCCUCAAGGGCCACACGCUCGCUGUCAGGAGGAUCCUGGCCCGGGCCCGGCAGCUGGUGGAUGCCAAGAAGGAGGACGGCUUCACUGCCUUGCACCUGGCCGCCCUCAACAAUCACCGAGAGGUGGCCCAGAUUCUCAUCCGGGAGGGCCACUGCGAUGUGAAUGUGCGUAACCGCAAGCUGCAGACACCCCUGCAUCUGGCUGUUCAGCAGGCCCACAUGGGGCUGGUGCCCCUGCUGACCGACGCUGGCUGCAGCAUCAAUGCAGAGGAUGAGGAGGGGGACACAGCCCUGCAUGUGGCCCUGCAGCGGCACCAGCUGCUGCCCCUGGCAGCUGACCGGGCCGGGGGGGACUCUGGGCCAGCACAGCUAUUGUCCAGGCUGCAGGCCUCGGGCCUCCCUGGCUUUGCGGAGUUGACAAUAGGCACUGCCAUCGCCUGCUUCCUCGCACUGGAGGGAGCCGAUUUGAGCUACGCCAACCACCGUGGCCGCAGCCCGCUGGACCUGGCUGCAGAGGGCCGAGUGCUCAAGGCCCUGCAGGGCUGUGCCCAGCGCUUCCGAGUGCGCGCGCAGGAUGAAGAAGUGCAUCAGGUGCCAGGUGGCCAUCAGCAAGAAGCUGCGCCCAGACGGCUCGGAGUUGGCCAGCGCAGCCCCUGCGUCUAUGCCGCAGCGGCAGCUUGUAGAGGAGCUGCAGAGCCGUUACCGGCAGAUGGAGGAGCGCAUCACCUGCCCAAUCUGCAUCGACAACCACAUCCGCCUGGUUUUCCAGUGCGGCCACGGCGCCUGCGCGCCCUGCGGCGCUGCGCUCACUGCCUGCCCCAUCUGCCGCCAGCCGGUCCGCGACCGAAUCCAGAUCUUCGUGUGACCCGCGCCCACUUGUGUUUUAUAAAGAGGUUCUUGGACUCGAUGCCUGCUGUCUCCUGGGGUGGGGCGAGGCGGGCCCCAGGCCUUACGUGUAGCUGGGGGCUUGGCCAACCUCCUGGGAGCGUGGGGGCGACUGCUGGCCAAGAGGUGGGGCCCGCAGCCAGCUGCUAGGACGAGGAGCUCAGAUCGGGCAGGAAGGCGGGGCGUCUUCCUCGCUUUCCAAGAACCCUUCUGCCCCUGCGUCGCCUCAGCUGCCCUCCAGCUGCUUGGCACCGACCGUGCUGUCCCACGGCCACCUGGGCUCCAGGCCCGGCAACCCAGACGCCCCCGCCUGCUCUGGCCCGGCGCCUCCCAAACCCUCUCCGCCCAGGCCCGCCCUCUGUCGUUGCUUUCUCUCUAGCAGCGCCUCCCCGCCCCCAACUGUCAGCCCGGGGCUCCCCGCCUGUACAGCCUGCUCCCACAAACCCAACCACACACCUCGAGAUUUCUUCCACUCACCCAUGCCCAUCCCUCUGCAGGAUCCUGCCCAGCUCCAGGUGCAGGCAGGUCCCCUCCUCCUGGCAGUCUGUCCCCACCUAAUCCAUUCUCUUACC